ACAAUAUCUCUCUGAGCUUACUUUACAUCUCUAAUUCGCUCAAAGAGAUACAGACAGUGGGUCCCAACACUGCUGGUAGACUUUUGGGGAUUUUCCUGAUUUGAAACCUUUAACCUGCAAAGGUGGUGACUGUUUGCGUUUGCGUUCGUGCGAGUGUAAGCGGCACCUGGGGCUGCAUAUCUGGGCAAGAUGAUGGAGGAGGUGUCCGUCAUGAUGGCGUAUGAUGCCCACGUUAUGGAGCAGAUGAGCGAAGAGGAGAUCCUGGCCUGUCUGGUGGCUGAAACCGGACCUAAAUUCACAGUCCCAACCAAGAAAGCUAAACUGAGGGAAAGUCUGCUUCAAAUAAUGGAUGACGAAGAAGACUCCUUGGACAAAUACCUGGAGGAGAACCGUCGGCUUCAGCAGGCCAGCCUCCGUCUGGAGCAGGAGAAUGACAACCUUGCCCACAGACUGAUCACCAGCAAAAUUGCCCUGAGGAACACUCUGGACAAGGCAGAGGACAGAGUGGAUGAACUCACUAAAGACCUUCUACAGACCAGACGUCAACUGCAGGCUACAGAAGAGGAGAAGAGAGGGAAAGAGGAGGAAGCUGCAAUGUUAAAGGAGGUGUUUCGGAGAGAGCUGGAGAAGACUGAGCAGGAUGUCAGACGGUCGACAGGUAUCAUUGCAGACUACAAACAGAUCUGCUCUCAGCUGACAAACCGUCUGGAGAGGCAGCAGGCCGCCCACAGAGAAGAGUUGGAUUCACUCAAGAGUGCAAUGAAGGCUUGCGCACGCUGUCGGCACGUUGUAGAAUUAGAUGAACCAUCACCCACGACUCAGGACACAGCAGCAUUAGAAGGCCACGGGAUGACUGAACCAGGCCAGAAUGAGGGCAGUGAAAGUCCUAGAAAGGCAGAGCUGUGGAGAGACAACCAGGAGAAGGAGUCCCUCAAGGCCCAGAUCAGGGAGUUGGAACAGGAGUUGGCCCAGACCAAACUCCAGAUGGUGGAGUCCAAGUGCAAGAUCCAGGAGCUGGAGCACCAGAGAGGAAUCCUGGCCAACGAUCUCCAGGAAGCAAAGAACAGCUGGAUCAGCAAGGCUUUCACCUCCCUUAGGACCCCCAGUGGAGGGGGGCUUCACAGCAUUAGCAUACCCAGAGAUGGAGCUAGCACAGUGCGAUGGAACCUCCACAGUAGGCCCCUCUCUGCAUGGAGCACCAAGAAGCUGUCGUGGCCUCACAGAGACAAUCGAGAAAAUGUCUGAUAGCUUGGACUGUGACACAAUGGAAGGAUGAAACCUCUUAUUAAUCCUCUUAUUAAUUCACAUUGUUAUAUGUACAGUAUGUAUUCAACCCUGUAGCUGCUAUUUCUUGAGAAUAUUUUUUUAAAUAGUUGUAAACCACAUCUUUGUGCCAUGUGACUUUUAUGUAUAUAGUUAUUUGUAAAU